AGUUUCAUGGCAUGGCAUGGCAUUCAUGGCAGGCAGAAAGAGUUAGAAGCCAGUCGCAAAUGUAAUGCUACCUGUAUUACAGUUUUAAAUUAGGUCGAAAAAUUAAGAUAAAAAGCACAUAAUGGCUACCAGAUCAGGAAAACUUUUUAAACAAACAGCAAAAAUAUUGAGUCCACGCACAAGUACACCAAAAUUUUAUAGACGUCCCGAGUUACUUAGAGAAGCUGCGAGAAAUGAAUAUUUAUCACCUAAUUAUAAAUCGCCCACAAUACUGUCUGAUGCACCAAAAAGUUUCAGGAGUAGUAGUUUGUUGUCCGAGGAUGUAACCAAUAUUUAUAAUUCGCCGAACCGCCAAACGUCGCCUAUGGUUUAUACCAAAUCAGAUAGAAAAUCAAUUCGAAAUCUAUUUCAUUCGUCCCCUCUUAAGGAUACAUCAAAUAAAAUAUUAAAUGCACCACGUAUAGAAUUAGAAGAUACAGAAUCUGAUACAAAUUGUCUGUGUUUUGAUACGCCUAAAGUAAAAACAUCAUUGAACAGAUUACGGUCUUCCUCCUUCUAUGAAUACGAAACCUCUACUCAAAAACAUUUACUUGGAAAGGGAUCGUUCGGAUAUGUUAUAAGAUCGCGAUAUAAAGAUAUGAAUAUUGCCGCCAAAAUCGUUCGCACAAACAAUUCCCGUACAAUUUCUAGUGGAAAAAGUGAAAGAAAUGUAUUACAAUUGAAUCAUCCGAAUAUAAUAAAAGUAUACAAAAUCAUACAAUCCUUUGACUAUGCAAUAAUCAUCAUGGAACUAUAUGAAGGAUGUCAUUCCUUGAAAAAGUUCAUCGGAUCUUAUAUGGAUUUGUUAUCUGAUCACGAUCAAUACAGAUACUCAUAUCAAAUCGCAGAUGCUUUAAAUUACAUGCACAGCUCCGGAAUAAUACAUCUGGAUAUUAAACCAGCAAACAUCCUAGUUUUAGACAACAUAUGUAAAGUUUGCGAUUUUGGGUGCUCUAGGCAAAUUACUUGCAGUGAAAAUCAAGAUACAUAUGAUUCUAAUAAUUUACAGGGAACACUAGAAUAUAUUGCACCUGAACUACUUCAAGGAAAGAUUCCAACGAUAAAAUGUGAUAUAUAUUCUUUGGCAAUAUUGAUGUGGCAAAUGCAAAACUGUUGUGAACCCUACAAGAUUAUUGAGCCUGAUUGUCUUAUCUAUAAUGUAGUGAAAUACAACUUGAGACCGAGAUCAAAAAUAACUAGGAGAGUAAUUAGUUCAAGUCAACGCAUGUAUGAAAAGUUGUAUCAAAAAUGUUGGCUCGCAGAUCCUGCAGAAAGACCAACGGCCGUGCAAAUUAUGAACAGUUUACAAGAUAUUCAAAACUUGGCUGGUUUACCAAUGUAAUUCGUUUUAUUCUUGAGACAAUACAAAAACAUUUUAUUUAAUUGAU